UCGCAAUGCCAUGUUUGUGCAUGUGUUCCUACAGCUGAGGAGGAUACAGCGAGCCUGCCUGCCUUGCUGAUUUAUCUGAUGUUUUCUUGUUUCUGUUUCAGCAUUCAGGACAAGUCCUUCAACACGACAGCUUUAGCAGAGUGUGACGGGUAUUCAGACUCUGUGCAUGAAGAUCAAGCAGGCAGUUCCAGCCCCAGAGAUGAUGAUAACAAAGAAAAUUACCCGGACAACUCUGCUGUCUUAGAGGAAAGGCAGCUGCCUUUGCAAGACACUCAGCAGCACAAGCAGCAGCUUGUAAUUGACUGCACUCUAAAGCCUGAAAUGGGCAACUUAAAGCUGAGGAAACCUAAGCCCAUUGCAAAGAUAGAAAAUGGAAAAAGCCAUGAGGAAAGUCAGGAGCUGGAGUGUGCAUUGCCAGGCCUCUCAGAGUGGCAGGGGAAGGCUGGAUCCUCAGCUAAUAACUAUGCACAGAACGUGGCUUUGAAAUGCCAGGAAGCAGUCGUGAGAUUCCAGCCAAGAAUAGAUCAGAACACAAGCAUUUCACCAAAAGAUGCAACUGAUCAAUUAAACAACUCAAAUGAGAAUUCUUUGUUGAAGCUGCAAGCCCUGGAAACUGAUCUGUGCUCUGCGUUUCUGCCAGCGCAGGAGGAAACUCCCCAGCUGCCGGCACCCAAGGACACAGCCCCUUCUCCAGCCCAAAGCAGCGUGCAAGCUGAUGGGGCCGGUUGUGGAGAGCAAUAUCACUUCAUUUCUCCUAUUAUUGAUUUUAAUUUAAUGCAUCAGCAGAGAGAUAGCGAAGAGCCUGUGCCAGCCCACAGGGACUGGCAGAAUGACAUGGAGAGCAGCCCACAGGAGCAUCACUCCCUAGGGACCAGCAGACUGCUGUAUCACAUCACAGAUGGAGACAAUCCUCUCUUGUCACCACGCUGCUCUAUCUUUAGCCAGAGCCAGAGAUUUAAUCUAGACACGGAGUCUGCCCCUUCUCCACCAAGUGCUCAACCUUUCAUGAUGCCAAGAAGUUCUUCCAGGUGUAGCUGUGAAGACUGCAAAGAACCACAGACAGUAACACAACUUACCAAGCAUCUUCAGAGCCUCAAGAGAAAAAUUAGGAAGUAUGAAGAAAAGUUUGAGCAAGAAAAAAAAUACCUGCCUUCUCAUGGUGACAAGACUUCCAAUCCUGAAGUUCUGAAGUGGAUGAAUGCUCUGGCCAAAGGUCGGAAGCAGCUCAAAGAGCUGAAACUCAGAAUGUCAGAAGAGCAAAACUGUACCUCCACAGCACCCCAAAGAAACGAGCACCGUGAAGGCAGCGGGACCUCUAAAGAGGCUGGCACACAGGAGGCCACAAGCAUGGAACCAGCUCUCUCAGUGGAAGAAACCAUGGAUAGCGUGUUGAGACGACUAAAGGAGAAAAGACAACACUUCAACCUUCCUGAGACUAUUAAGGUAACUAAGCAAGAAAAGAGUCUCAUGAAACCUCUUUAUGAUAGAUACAGAAUUAUCAAGAAACUUCUGGCCACUCCAUCUUUGAUCACAACAAUUCAGGAGGAGGAAGACUCAGAUGAAGACCAUUCUCAAAGCAGCCAUGAUUUAUCGUCUGGUCCAAUGUCUUGCUUUCCUGUCGAAGAGCAUCUGUGUUACUCACAGGAGGAGAGUGAGCCUGCACGCAUUUCACCUCUGGAUGAAAAGAAAGUUUACAGGCAAACAGCCUUGUCUAUGUCCAAUUUACAUGAGGCAACAAUGCCCGUUCUGCUUGAACAUCUCAGAGAAACAAGAGCUGAUAAGAAGAGACUUCGCAAAGCUCUUCGAGAGUUUGAGGAGCAGUUCUACAAACAGACAGGAAGGAGUCCUCAGAAAGAAGAUCGGGUGCCAAUGGCUGAGGAAUACUCAGAAUACAAGCACACAAAAGCUAAAAUCAGGCUCCUGGAGGUUCUCAUCAGUAAGCAUGAUAUUUCCAAAACCAUUUGAAGUGAAUGCAAUGCUGUAAUAUUGUUCAAUAGGGAAAAAAAAAAAAAAGAAAAAAGAAAAAAGAAAAAAAAUCCAAACAAACAAACAAACAAGUAAUGAAAAAGAGAAAGUAAUUUUACAGGUCUUGGUCUGCUGCACGAUUAUUUGACACACUGAGAUUUUUGAUGCACUUUACCAAUUGUAAUAACUGUGAUGAGAGAGGACAGCAAUAUGCAAGAAUAUUAAGCACGGGUGAGUGGACUAUAGUAUAUAUUUUUCCUUUUGAAAAAAACCUUGAAGUGCACUGUGAGAAUGUUAAGAAAUUAAAAGGACAUUGAAGUAAUGUAGAUUCUCAGUUUGACCUGCUCUAAAAGGGUGAGGAAAUGUUCUGCAGGUUUUUAGUACAUCUUAGUACAUGCUAACGUGCCACACGUUUGUUUCCAGAAAUAACAUGUGUUAGUAAUGUUGGCUCUUAAGGUGUUGAUUCACUAGAUUAAAAGAAAUGAAUUAAAAUGAGUGAAGGAAAAACUCAGAAGGUACUCUAGCUGUCAAGACAGAGUUGCCAUUCAAUUCCAGUGAGUUCAAAGAAAGGUGCAUAGGAAGAAGCAGUGCCAGGGCUGGGAGUAGAGCAGUGAUGCUGCUUAUGCAAGAAAGGUCCAGAAUAUGACUGCCAAAUAGAACUACUGGUUUUAUAGGAAUAAGAGAAAGUGCUUGGCAAAAUGUAACAGCUACAGGCUGCUGAGAAAAGAUGGAACAAAUAUACUGGCUGCUGUCUUUUUCAUUAGUUCACAGGACCUGGCUCACAGAAUUUAAAGUCAGUAAAUAGAUCAGUUAACCACAUGCUAAUUUUGAUUUCUCUAUUAAUCUUUGCACUUUGGUUUGCCUGAUGCUAUAACAUUUGCUUCUCUAACUACCAAAGCUCGUUUAGACGCAUGCACUUUGUAAAAUGUUGAAGUACUUCUUGUGUUAUAAAUUGCCACAUAUAUAUAUAAAAGCAGGACUAGAUUACUGCAUUAUGCUAAGAUAUUUUGGAUAGGUAAAGUACAUGGUAUAUAAGUGAGUGCCACAGUUAUCUGAUGAGGACUGCUAGACUUCUUGUUUACUGAAAAUAAGGCUACGAAAAAUUAUUUUUCCCUUGGAAUGACACAUUUUUCUUAACUUUCAGAGCACCACAAUUUGUAAUAUUAAAAAGAAUUGUCAUUGUUUGUGAUAGGCCAUUGGUGUGAAAAGUGGACUAAUAAUAGAAGGAUUAUCAGCAGGUUUUGUACCAGAAAUGAAAAGCAGGGAUUCUGGGAAAUUCCUAGCCCAGACAGAAAGAAGGGAAAAACUACUUAAAGGGGAAAAAAAAGUUACUGGAAGCAGUUGAAUCAUGUUGAGUGUUUCACUUUACCCUGUCAUUUUGUACUGACCACAUAGUAUAAGCAACCUGUUUUCUAUCUUGGUAAGAAGAUUGUGAUUCUAUAAAGCCUAUUAUGUACCAACCAUGUUUGUAUUUACCUAGUAUUUAAUGGCAUGAUUUGGAAGAUGUGUACAUCUUCAAGUAUGGAGGAAAAAAUAUCAACACUAAAAAAGGAACUUUUUAUUUUGCAGCCACUUGUUGUUUCAGUGUACUGAUUUAAUAAUUUAUAACUUAACUUUUAUGAAUCAGAAAUGGUCUUCAUAAAUCUGUUUUAAUUAAAGUCAUCUAGAGCAACAGGAACAGAUACAGAGCUAUUUGAAGUUUACAAACUACAUCUUUGAUAAGGGAAAAUGAUUUAAUGACAUGUAUACAAUUGAUAUUAAAAUGUAAUCUAUAUAUUCUAUAUGAUUGUAUAAUAUUUUAUACAACGGUACAAAUAAAAUAUUUUUCUAUUAUAUUUAUUAUGUCGAGACACAGUUUCUGUUUUCAGUUAGCUAAUAUAAAUAACAUAAAUAACACCGUCAAACAACACGUUGGAAGUGCUGACAUUUCUAGGCUCUGAAAUUCAAAUCAUGCUGCAAUUACAACCUUUCAUGCUGUUCAGUUAUCCCAGUACUUGUUCAGUAGUUAAAAUGAAUGCAUAUUUAAACACCAAUUAUAAGCAGUUAUUUUUAUUUUGCUAAAGCAGUUUAUAUAGGAUUUUGUUAUGUUUGGCAAGAAACAGAAAACAAGUUUUGCAGCAUCUAGGUAUAAAUGGUUGCCAGAAAGAAAUCCAGGACUUCUAAUCAUUUAAAGCAUCGGGGGAACAGAAGGGAAGGAGGGAGAGAAGAAAUCCUAAGAAGGCUACUGGAGAUUUUGAAGACUGGCAGUUGCUUUUGGUGACAGCGGCAUGUGCAUGCUUCUGACAGAAUUGUCUGACUAUGGAAAUGGGCAACAGAGGUUUGAAGGCUCUUAAGGAAUGAGGGAAGUUUUAACGU